CAGUGGAGCACAGCACAGUGAGACAGAAAGACUGAGAGAGGGUGGAUGAGAGGGGAGGAAGAAAGAAAAGAAGGAAAGCGUGCCAGACUCUGAGAUAUACAUAGAUUACAUUUUCAUCAGUUUUAUACUUUUUAUCAAGUAGCUUAAACCGGAUAAAAAACAACUAUGCCGAACUUCGCAGGCACCUGGAAGAUGAGAAGCAGUGAAAAUUUCGAAGAGCUCCUCAAAGCCCUGGGGGUGAAUGCCAUGCUAAGGAAAGUGGCCUGUGCUGCGGCCUCCAAGCCUUCGGUGGAAAUCCGCCAGAAUGGAGAGCAGUUCUACAUCAAGACCUCGACCACCGUCAGGACCACAGAAAUCAACUUUCAGAUAGGACAGGAGUUCAAUGAGGAGACCGUGGAUGGACGAAAAUGCAAGAGCUUGGCCACAUGGGAGACGGAAAAUAAGAUCACCUGUAAGCAGACACUACUGGAUGGAAACGGACCGAAGACCUACUGGACCCGAGAGCUGAGAGGGGAUGAGUUAAUCCUGACGUUCGGAGCCGAUGACGUGGUGUGCACAAGGAUUUAUGUGCGGGAAUGAGCCCCAUGAGAACCAGAUGAAGAAAUCAGUCAGGGCUCACAGGAGUGACACUUCAUUUCUAUGUUACAUUACAGUGCUUUUUGUACCAAUUUGUAGAAACCUGUGGAAUGGCUUUCUUACACAUACUGGACCAUGAAACAUAUAGACACGUGUAAUACUACGUAAGUGCUAUUCAUUCAAUAACCUGCCAUUUUUUUACAUUUUUAUGUUUAACUGCUUUGUACUAGUUUCAUUAAAAGUACUAUAAAUAA